UAGAAUAACUUCAUAGUGGUAAGAAUUAAUUAUACAACUGUGCAGUGAAUUAUAUCUAAAAUUAAUACUAUUUAGGAUUCGAAACUAAAAAUAGCAAAGUUAAAACUUAACCUAAUCGCGUGAAUUAAAACUUAAAGGUUAAGUUCUUUCUGAAGGUUCAAGUAUCGAGUUCCAGACAGUUUCUUUGAUAAAUUGUUGGUCGGUAGCGAAAAGACACUGCAGUAAGUCGACUUUAUUAUUAAAAAUGAACCCACUUUAAAUCAUUCUCAUUCUUUUAGAAAUUUGUAAAUCUACCAUUAAAGUUUUCACAAAGCAGAAACACCCUUUUUCUUUAUCGCCAACAAAUUACAAAUUUUGCAUUAUCAUGACAAGCCGAAAGUCUACGAAAGGUAGUUCGACAAAUGUUGAUGACGUAGCUACGGGUUUCAGCAACAUGAACCAUCCGGAAACAGCAAUUUCUUCGGAGAUGGUGGGACAAAUGGAGAAAGCUUCUAAACCAAAUUCGACAGGUCAGGUAGAGGCAAUACCACGUCAGGUAAUCCAGCUUCAAAGCGAGUCCCAUUCGAAGGUCGCAGUUGUUUCCCUUCCUAGCCAACAGGUAACCACUAGUAGAACGGAGAGUUAUAGAACUGGUACAGUUCCUAAAUUACAAAAGGCGCAAAAUAGUGCGAAUAAUAAGAAUAAAGCCAAUGAUGUAGUUGUCACGCGUAACUUACGCCCCCGCGUUCGCGAAAAUAGAGUCAGUAGCUGUAAAUUAUGCGAAAAUUUCGAUAACGAUAACAUGGUACAAUGCGAUUUAUGUGAUAGUUGGUACCAUUUUAGUUGCGUCGACGUGAGUGAGUCAAUUGCCGAAGUAAGCUGGUCGUGUCCGGGAUGUGCAAAAGUGAUAAGUGCAAAUGUGACGAAUGUGCAAACCCCCAGUGCGAUGAUACAUCUAACUAGUGAACCUGUGAAUCGAAGAUUAACAAAUGUUCAAAUACUAGAUAAUCCACCCCCCAACGCUGUUGUUUCGUUAAGAUCGUCUGGUACUACAAGCAAAAGUAGUGCUUCCAGAAGGAAAACCGAAUUGCUGUUGAAAAGACUGGAAGAAGAAAGAGUAAUCCAGAUGCAGUAUUUGGAACGGAAAUACAAGCUAUUGCAGGACCUGGAAAGCGAGAAAUCUUCUGUAGCUAGCGAUUUGGAAUCCUUUGCAGACAAUAUGUCAAAGGUGCAGCAAUGGAUGGAAGAUACGGGAAUACACGGCAACGACUCGGGACUCGUCGAUUUAUAUCCAGAGGAAGACCCCGAGACAAGUCAUCAGCAAGAAAGUCAUAAUCAUCCUGGGUUACGUGCAGAGCCACCGAAAGGGCUCAUUGGCGGGGAAGGCCAAGGUCGAAACUACUCACAAAGACCAGUUCAUAACUGUGUUAAUCUCCAGAAUUAUCUCAAGCAUAGAAACGCUGGCAAUCCGAGGCAAAAUGUCGAACCAAGAGUGACCUUCACUGGAACAGGGAGAUGCGUGUCUACGAGGCCCGGAGUCUCGAACCAAUUUACAGAACCGGAUCCAUACAAUCAGUAUCUGUACAAUCGUACCGAAUCACAUCGCUAUUCUACAAACCCGAGAGAAACCGGAACGUUUACUGGCGGCUUAGAUUUCAUCCCCAGACAAGGAUCGACGCCGGUCCGUCAGACACUAUCGAGAGUAACUGAACCGGCGGUAUCGAAUGAAGAUGGAGAAAUGGUGUACUCGCUAAAUCGAAGCCAGUUAGCCGCUAGACAGGCUGUGUCGAAAGAUCUUCCGGACUUUGGUGGAAAUCCGGAGGACUGGCCACUUUUCUACUCGAUAUUUAACUCGUCUACUCAACUUUGCGGAUUCACGAAUGAAGAGAAUAUGCUCAGACUGCGUAAAUGCCUAAAAGGCAAGGCAUUGGAAGCUGUGAAAUGUCGCUUGUUGCAUCCUUCGAAUGUGCAUGGGGUAAUGCAAACUCUGAAGAUGCUAUACGGAAGACCCGAAGCUAUUAUCCAAGGAAUCGUCAGAAAAAUUCGAGCGCUCCCUCCACCGAGUAUAGAGAAGCUGGAUACUGUAAUCCACUUUGCGCUUAACGUCGAGAAUCUCGUAGCAACGGUCGAAGCAUGCGAAAUCAAGGACUUCAUGUACAACGCAUCCUUGAAGUAUGAAUUAAUGGAAAGAUUACCACCGACGCUAAAGUUGGAUUGGGCGAAACAUUCUCGUAACAAUCCUACUCCCAAUCUGUUGGAAUUCAGUUCGUGGUUACGUUCAAUCGCAGAAGACGCUAGCUCUGUUUCGAUUUUCAUCGGCAGCGAAAACCGUUCAAGAGUUGGCAAGAAAGACAGUUACCUGAACGUUCACUCUAGGGAGGACACUUCACCUUCUAAUAAACCGUUAAACUCGCAGGAUAACAGUAGAUGCCCGGGGUCGAAAGAGCUUAUGAAAGUAUGCGUUUGUUGCAAAGGGAGUUGUUCAAACUUGGGCCAGUGUAAACGAUUCAAUGAACUCAGUAGCGACUCCAGAUGGGCGGUCACACGAGAGUUCAAAGUGUGUCGAAAAUGUUUACGAAAACACUACGGCCCGUGUAAGCAAAAUAAGGCAUGUGGAGUAAAUGGUUGCUCUUUCCUGCACCAUUCGCUCCUACACAGCGAUAGAAAGUCAUCCACCGAUGAAAUUUCUACAGAUACCGCACAAUCUGGGAGAAGUCAACGGGCAAACACGAGCUGUAACGUCCACCAGGGACAGUCUGAAGUCUUACUUCGAAUUAUUCCGGUAUUUCUGCAUGGCCCAUCGAAGACACUGCGUGCCUAUGCUUUCCUGGACGACGGUUCGGAACUCACGCUAAUGGAACAAAGUUUAGCUGAUGAACUAGGAGUGAAAGGACCCGCAAAAACGUUGUGCUUGCGAUGGACCGGUGGUACUACAAGAACGGAAGACGUUUCGCAGAAGGUGACCUGCCAGAUCUCAAGUAUAGCAAAUCCUUCUAAGAAAUUCCCGCUGUCCAACGUACAUACUGUUGGAAACCUACAGCUUCGACCGCAGACGCUGAUAGUACCAGAAAUGAAGCAAAAAUACCGCUAUUUGGCUGACCUACCUAUAGAGUCAUAUCAAGAAAUUAGUCCUCGUAUUCUUAUUGGAUUGGAUCACGCAAGUUUGAGUAACAUAAGGAAAUGUCGUGAAGGAACGCCUAAUGAACCAAUAGCCGUUAAGACUAGACUAGGAUGGACCGUCUACGGCUGCUGCAAAACGAAGGCUACUUAUGGUUACGUAAAUCAUCACACCGCACAACUAUGCCAAUGUAGAGGUAAGGCAGAUGAGGACCUGAACGAGAUUAUGAAACAGUACUUCUCGUUGGAAGGGCUCGGAGUUAGUACACCGAACAAACUCUUACUAUCUAACGAAGAUCAAAGGGCAGGCGAGUUGCUGGAAACAUUAACCAGGCGCAUGAAUGGAAGAUAUGAAUCUGGACUCUUAUGGAAAUACGAAAGCGUUAGGCUUCCUGACAGUAAAACAAUGGCAUUAAGGCGCUGGGAAUGCCUUAAUCGGCGGUUGUUGAAAGAUCGUGAUCUAGCUCAAGUGAUUAAUUCAACUAUCAGUGACUAUCUCGUAAAAGGUUAUAUCAGAAAACUCACUGUCGAAGAACUCACGACCCCGCAAAGCCAUAUAUGGUAUCUUCCUAUGUUUCCGGUAGUAAAUCCCAACAAACCUGGUAAGACGAGACUCGUCUGGGACGCAGCCGCAAAAUCUUAUGGAGUAUCUCUGAACUCCGUACUUCUGAAAGGACCUGACCUUCUGACAUCCUUAAUAUCAGUGCUGAUUCGUUUUCGUGAGUUUCGUAUGGCGGUUUCCGGGGACAUUCGGGAAAUGUAUCAUCAAAUCCUGAUGAGGCCAGCAGAUCAACACCGUCAGCGUUUUUUUUGGAAAGAGAAGGAAACGGACACAAAUCCAAGCACGUAUAUCAUGCAAGUGCUGUCAUUCGGAGCGUGUUGCUCGCCAAGCAUUGCGCAAUAUGUAAAGAAUAUGCAUGCGAAACGCUACGAGCACGAUUACCCAGAUGCCGUAGAUGCGAUCAUUCAUCAGCAUUAUGUUGAUGAUAUGCUGAUCAGUGCAGAAAGUGAGGAGAAGGCGAUACAGUUGGCAACUGAUGUAAAAAUGAUCCAUAGGUCUGGAGGAUUUGAAAUGAGAAAUUGGGUGUCAAACUCAUCGAGGAUCGUAACCGCGCUGAACGGUGAGAAAACCGAAGAGAAAACCAUGAAUAUCGGGCAGAUUGGAACCACAGAAAAGGUUCUCGGCAUGUGGUGGGAUACAUCGGCAGACUGCUUCACGUACAAAUUAUCCACACGACACGACCCCGAUCUGCUGGCUGGAAGAAAAUGUCCUACAAAGCGUGAAGUUUUACGGACCCUCAUGAUGAUUUUCGACCCGCUCGGCUUGAUCAGCCAGUUUACAAUGUUUCUACGAUCGCUUCUUCAAGAGAUAUGGAGAGCAUCCGUCGACUGGGAUGAGCAAAUCCAUGCUCAACAGUUUGAGAAAUGGCUCAAAUGGCUGCAUGCACUUCCUAGAGUUGCGGAUCUUAAGAUUCCUCGAUGCUAUCGCAUCGCAACAACGGCAAAUGAAAGUAAUAUCGUUGAAAUGCACACCUUUGUAGAUGCAAGCGAAAAUGGAUUUGCAGCAGUUAUCUAUCUCCGUUUCGAGGAAGGAAACACUGUAGAAUGCGCCCUCGCCGGAGCAAAAACAAGAGUUUCACCGCUGAAAUUCCUUUCAAUUCCGCGAUCAGAAUUGCAGGCAGCUGUCAUCGGAGUAAGACUAGCAGACACAAUCCAACGGUCUCUUUCUAAAAACAUCCUGAAACGCUUCUUCUGGACAGAUUCCAGAGAUGUCCUGUGCUGGAUUCAAUCGGAUCAUCGACGCUAUAGUCAGUACGUGGGAGCACGAAUAAGCGAAAUAUUAGAAACGACGAACAUUCAAGAUUGGUGUUGGAUAUCAACGAAACUUAAUGUUGCGGAUGAAGGAACCAAAUGGAAAACCAUUCCAGAUCUCAGCAGCACUAGUAGGUGGUUUCGUGGACCCGAUUUUCUCUGGAAAUGCAAAGAAGAAUGGCCAGCGAAAUUAUCAUCAGUUGGAGUCACCGACACCGAACUUCGACCGCACCUUCAAAUUCAUCUGAAGGUCCAGGAACCAGUUAUUGAUGUAGAUAGGUUUAGCCAAUGGUCCACUCUUCUGAGAACAACAGCAUACGUAAUGAGAGCCGUUAGGAACUUCCAAUGUACCACACGAAGGAUCCCUAUAACCGGCGGACCACUCACACGAGACGAGUUAGUUGAAGCCGAGGCCUACCUGUACCGGACUGCUCAACGAAGCACGUACAACCGAGAAGUCUCCAUCACGUCCGUAAGUCAACAGGAACAAUCACCAUCGAAAAUCAGCAAAACUAGUCCUCUUUAUGGCUUAUAUCUAUUCCUGGACGAAAACGGCGUUCUAAGGAAUCGUGGGCGAGCGAAUGGUUGCAAAUUCAUUGAUAGAUCUGUCGCUAAUCCGGUUGUACUUCCACGGAAACACAGCGUAACCAAGCUCAUAGUGAUGGACGUCCAUAGAAAACUACUGCAUCGAAACCAUGCGACAAUAAUAAACGAGCUUAAGCAACGCUACUACAUUCCUCGAUUAAAGGUUGUUUACAAAUCAGUGCGAAAUGAAUGUCAACUCUGCAAGAACGAACUCGCUCGUCCACACGCACCUAUGAUGAGCGAUCUACCUCCAGCACGUUUAGCUGCCUACAGUCGUCCUUUCUGUCACAUGGGGGUGGAUUACUUCGGCCCAAUGAUAGUACGUAUCGGUCGUCGCACAGAAAAGCGCUGGGGUGUUCUAGUCACUUGUCUUACUGUACGUGCCAUCCAUUUAGAAGUCGCUCACUCGCUAACAGCUGACUCCUGCAUAAUGGCUCUACGCAACGUAAUCGCUAGGAGGGGAAUUCCAAUUACCAUAUACAGCGAUCGUGGGACUAACUUUGUGGGUGCAAACAAAGAACUCAAAAUGGCUUUAGAGGAGUUGAAUCAUGAUAAAAUUGUGGCAGAGUUAACGACAUCACACACGACGUGGAGUUUUAUCCCUCCUUUAUCACCACAUAUGGGAGGUGCAUGGGAAAGGCUUAUUCAAACGGUCAAACAAAACUUGAACAAACUGCUUCCAAGCCACUUACCAAAUGAUGAAACUUUGAGAAAUAUGCUGAUAGAGGUGGAAUAUAUCGUUAACUCGAGACCAUUGACAGAUAUCCCUCUCGAUGACGAUCAAUCUCCAGUACUAACACCCAACCACUUCAUAACUGGAACGUCCAAUGGGUUGCCUCCGUGGACUUGCUUCAAUGAUAAUCCGUUGGCGUUGAAGCAAAGUUGGCGCUUAUCACAGGCAAUGGCAAACCAGUUCUGGAAACAGUGGAUCCAUGACUACCUCCCCACAAUAACUCGCAGAACGAAAUGGUUUACGAAAGUGAAGCCAAUCGAGAUCAACGACAUCGUAAUAAUCGUCGACAUGAGGCUCCCGUGCAAUAGCUGA